AUCUCCCACCUCUUCCUCAUCUUCAGCUCUCGUUCAUCUCACCUUCUGGCCCCUCGGUACCAGAUUGUCUCCUUGUGCCGAUUUCCUGAAUAUCUACGCUAUCCUAGCCACGAAAUUUUCUCUGAUCCCUCCCACCUAUCUCCCGGUUGGAGCUUCCGCGUAGGAAGUCAUCCGUUGUCUCAUUUCCAUCUCACAUCAAUCAACCCACCGUCUCAAUCAUGGACCGUCUGCAUCGCAUGCUCCAAGCUGCCGUAAGUAUCACCCUAAUGGUCGUGGGCCCGCCUAAUGAUAUUCCCAACCUCAUCGAUAACUCCGAAACUGUCCACAUCUCCUCGCUCGCUCUGUUGAAGAUGCUAAGGCAUGGUCGGGCCGGUGUGCCCAUGGAAGUCAUGGGCUUGAUGCUGGGAGAGUUUGUGGAUGAGUACACAGUCCGGGUGGUUGACGUUUUCGCCAUGCCCCAAAGCGGUACCGGUGUCAGUGUUGAAGCCGUGGACCCUGUGUUCCAGACGAAGAUGAUGGAUAUGCUCCGGCAAACGGGACGACCAGAGACCGUUGUUGGCUGGUACCACUCACAUCCUGGUUUCGGCUGCUGGCUCUCGUCUGUCGAUAUCAACACCCAGCAAUCCUUCGAGCAGCUCACGCCUCGCGCCGUGGCCGUGGUCGUCGACCCCAUCCAGUCCGUCAAGGGUAAGGUCGUCAUCGACGCCUUCCGUCUUAUCCAACCGCAGACCGUCGUCAUGGGCCAGGAGCCCCGCCAAACAACUUCCAACCUGGGUCACCUGAACAAGCCGUCCAUCCAGGCCCUCAUCCAUGGCCUGAACCGCCAUUACUACAGUAUCGCGAUCAACUACCGCAAGACCGGUCUUGAGGAGAACAUGUUGAUGAACCUGCACAAGCACGUCUGGACGGAGGCACUGCAGAUGAAGGACUUCCAUGAGGAGGGCGAGCACAACGUCGAACGCAUGAGGCAGCUCGUGAGCCUGGCCGAGGGCUACGAGAAGCGGGUCAAGGAGGAGACCACGCUCUCGAAGGACCAGCUCAAGACAAGAUAUGUCGGAAAGGUCGAUCCUAAGAAGCAUAUCGAAGAUGUCAGCCAGCAGUUGAUUGAGGACAACAUCGUUGCCGUGUCGCGACAGAUGAUCGAUAAGGAAGCCUCGGUAGCACGGCUAUCAAACGGCACGGAGGCCGAGAACGGCACCGGCAUGGAAGUUGACGAGGAGCUAUAGAUGCGGCCAAGAUACAUUAACAGAUAUGAAUUCAAUGCCAAUCAGCUGAGUUAGGCAAUACCCCUACAGGCUUCAUCAUGUACAAGACGGUUACCUUGUCUUGGCAGACCAUCAACGAAUGACGUUACAUGUAUCGGACGGAUCAGCCCGGCAUAUCGGUCUGAAUAAUACUACGUGAUGUGAACAUUCAGAAAGGGAGACAAACAUCAGUCCUAUCCUCUAAAUCAUCUAUAUAGUUGAUAUAUAUACAUCUAUUGUAAGCAUAGCCCAGAAACGUGGAA